AUGGCAAAACAAGAUUCAGCGACGUCCCGUCCAUCUCAACCUCAAUCCUCCAUGUCUACAGCUCUUUCUCAAUUCAACAUCCCACCCUCUUUUAAGUUCUUGAUAUCCAACCUUAAGAACUUAGUGCCCACCCAGCUCACCACCGAUACCUACGCCAUUUGGCGUCUUCAGCUCCUUCAACAUUUCACCACAAACGGGUUCGCUGGACACCUGACCGGCGAAACACCCUGUCCGACCAAUCCCUCCAACUCUUAUUUUCAUCUCUGGAAUCUCGUCGACAAGAAUCUUAUAUCAGCCCUGCUAUCUACGAUCUCCCCUGCCAUCCUCCCUUACGUCACAUCUUCUUCCUCAGCUCAAGACAUAUGGGCGGUUCUUGAGAAACGCUUGCAACCAACCAGCAGAUCCCGGGUCAUCCAACUUAAGUAUGAACUUCAUCAACUUCAAAUGAAAGAUCGAUCUAUGCAACAAUACAUCGCUAACAUCAAGCUUCUUGUGGACAAUAUUGCCUCCGCCGUGUCCAAGAUUGACCCCGAAGAUGUCAUACUCUACAUCUUAAACGGCCUCCCUCCCUCCCUCCUACAACUCUUUCAAAACUGCGAUCAAACUCAUUGA